GUGGUAAUCAAGAACAAGAAUCUUUAAAAAGACAUAUUGAGAAAGUCUUCAAAGAAGAAGUAAGCGAACUUAGACAAACCACUCAUCUUUCAAACGCGAAACCAAGUGAGAAUGAAAUACAAGAAUACUUCAUGGAUGAAUGUACGGCAUUAAAAGCAUUACCAGAGAUACAACUUUAUGUUAGAGAUACACAUUCUACACCAUUGCUGAAUACUCGAAAACCAGAUUUUGUAUUCAUUCAAAAAGGAAGGCCUCUAGAUCUAUUAAAUGUUGUAGCUGUCGGUGAAAUAAGAAAGCGAACCGUGUUGACAGAUUGUAUUAACAUACGAAUCUACAGAAUAACUAGAGAAGGCAAUAAUCAAUUCUCAUAUAGAUACACAGCGUCCGAGUCAUUAACAUAUAACACUGCCAAACCUCCGAACAGAUGGAAAUAUUUGGUGACAAUCAUGCAAAAUUCUCCGGAUCAGCUGGGAUGGGUUGAACCUUCAAUAAAUCUUGAUGAAAAUACUGUAACAUUGGUUCGAUCUAUUAGUUCAAGUAGAACUAGCAUUGUGUAUGAGGGAAUUCUUGAGAAUAGGAAAAGUUCUGUAGUCGUAAAAAAAGCAAAAAGGGAAGAAUACUUAUCUUGCUUUAUCAACGAAAAGAAUGUAUUGACUAGAUUAUUGGAUCUGAAUUCACCUUAUCUUCUAAAACUUCUUCUGAGUAACGAUGAUACUCUUAUUAUGACUCCUCUAUGCACUAAAGUCAAUAACCUACAAAUUAAAGAUAUUGAAAACAUCAUUGAAACCCUUAAGACGGUACAUUCAAAUUUCCAGCUUGUACAUAUAGAUCUUCGAAAGUAUAACUUCCUUCGUGAUGAUGAUUGUAACAUUUUAAUUACUGAUUGGGAUAAUUGUAAAAUACAAGGUGAAAACGCGCCAUUUGCAGAAGCUCUUAAAUAUAUAUUAGAUUUUUGGGCUGUUAAUGGAAAAUCCGAAUGGUGGGACAUAAUCAGUUCUGAUGCCAAGGAUUUGAAUUAUGAUAAAUUACUUGAAGAUAUUAAAAGUGUAUUAUAA